UGCCUCAGUGAAUUGUGGAAGGAAACGAAAUCUUGUUUUUUGUGGUUUUCUUUGCCCACUGGAUUCAUUUAAAUUGAUCUAAACGUGAAUAAACAUGGCGAUGCCGAAAUGGGAGAGAAAAGCGCGCAUAUUCCUCUGCGUGUUGGGUUUGUUUCUGUCUGUUUACGCGCUUCACGUCGAGCUGUCCCGAGAGAGAAACCCAGACUACAGGGCGAUGUGCGACCUGGGGGAGUCGGUGAGCUGCUCCAAAGUGUUUACCUCCAGAUGGGGUCGAGGUUUUGGCUUGGUCCAGUUCUUUGUGGCCAAAGACAGCCUUCUGAACCAGCCCAACAGUGUGCUUGGCCUCAUGUUUUACACUGUGCAGAUGGGCCUGGGACUGUCUCUGUCCAAAAGAGCAGCGAUGCUCUUGGUCUUCUCCUCCUGGGUGUCUCUGGCCGGCUCACUCUAUCUUGCAUAUAUUCUCGCCUUUGUUCUGGUGGAUUUCUGCAUGGUCUGCGUGUCAACAUACAUCGUCAACUUUGCGUUGCUCUUCAUCAACCUGAGACGGAGGGCAGCAAUUGAAGGAAUGAAGGAGAAGGCUGCUUAAAAGGGAUACUUGAGAAAUUCAACACCUUGUUGUGAGCUGAAGCCACACUGGAUAUGGAAAGCCAAUUCUCUCCCGUAGUACUUCUGCAGUGUUUUACAGUCAAGAUUGUUCAGAGAAACAGGCUUGGAGAUGCAUAGCACAAGAUCUAUUGAGAUGAUUUUUAUGAAGAGAAACAUUUUGUCUCUAUAUUAAUGUGUAUUUGUGAUGCAUAUUCCACAUUUUGGAAUAUUACCUCAUGUGAUUUAGGCCGGUGAAACACUUGAGAUACAUGCAAUGGCUCAGUCUUACCAGGAGAUAGAGCCACAUCAUGUUAUCAUGCUGAGUGGUUACCAGAGAAGUGGAGUUAUAACAUACCAUAGUAGUAUGUGCAUUAAAUGUAUGACAGAAAAAUAACAUGGAUAAUGCAAAAAGUCUUGUGAAACUCCACUUUAUUCAUUCUAAAUUAAUUCAAUAACCUUUUUAACCAAACGUUAUUGAGUAGAAAUGAAUAUAUAAUGAAUGAUGAGUCAAAACCAAUAAUAAUGACCUAUUGAAAAUAUAUUUUCAAAGAAAUAUGUGAAUUAAAGUUGUGUGUAUACUUACUCAAACCAUUUGAUAAAGAAUACAUUUCCAAAGACUGAAAUGACUUUAAAAUGACAGAUUACACUGCCUUAAAUUAAAGCACGCCACAGUUACACUGUGUGACUACUUUCACUUUGGUCUCUAUACAUUAACAAUGUAUAGAGUGUAUUUUUGAUUAAUUUAAUGUUAUCUUUAUUUAAAAAACUGUGCUUUUCUUUGAAAAAUAAAGACAUUUCUAAAUGA